AGAUCACUUUUUAAUUCACUUCUGUAUGAGCUCCAUGAUCUUAAUGCAUUCAUUUCAUGAAAAGAUUUGAAUUCUCGUCUUCUUUUUAUGAACAGUCUAGCUGGUUUGAUGAACUGUAGGUUUUCUGUUCAUUCCCCCCCNCGCACCAGAGUUUUGUGAUCGGGCUCUAGGUUUAGAGGAGUGAUGGAGUGAUUUGUGGAAGUUUCAGUUCCAGCGAUUGGGAAAUUUGGGUGAGCUCUGGAUUUUAGGCUUGUCUGAUUAGGCGAUUCUCCAGGCGUUAGGUUCUAAAUUAGCUGUUUGAAAAAAUCGUUGCUUUUGAAGAAUUUGAUGUUCAGCAGCAAAUUGAACAGUGGGUAGAGAGUACAUCUGAUGAUGAUGGCCUUGUUGAAUCCUGGAGGGGGCUUGAGGUGUUGAUGCGUGGCGGUUUGGAUGAUUGUUCGUCAUUUACAGACGAUGUGGAUGACAAAAAUAGCCGGCUUACUUAUCGGAUGCCUGCUGUAGAGGGGGACGAGCUGGCGGAGUCAUCUGAUGCCAGAGGGCACCAUCAUUCAAGGGUGUUGAGUAGGUGGCCUGCCGGGCAUGCAUUGGCGAUGAUCAACACAUCAGAAAUGAGGAACCCUGAGUCCGAGUUGAUGGCAUUUUCUCCUUUAAACACGGUCUCCAUGCCCAAUUCAUCAUCAUCGAGGGAAUUAUUGUCUGGUACGGAAAGGGUGGCACAUCAGAUGAGUUUGAGCAUGUCGGAAAGCAGAGACAGUGUGAACCAAGCCAGCAUUACAGAUGCUACUGAGUUUGAGAUUGGCUUAAGAACUUGGUCUCAUGAUCCAAUUGGACAACAUGAUGAGAAUAUGGGACAUAGCAGUUCCAGCCGAGAGCAGUCACCCGAUUCAGGUGAUCUUGAGAGGGAUAGAGUGGGACGUAUUGUUCAUGGGUGGAUGGAGAGAGGGAUCACAGAUAAUUUAUCUAAUGUUGUCCAGAGGAGUGGGGAAUGGCUUGGGGAAACUGAUAUUGGAAGGGUUAGAACUGUGAGGGAGUGGGUGCAAAUGAACAACCAACAGAGAGCACCCCAUGGGGGGCACAUGGAAGAGCAGUACAGUGGACUUGAUGAUGAUAAUGAAGGUCAGCAAGAGCAUGUUGACGGAGACAUGCUGAGAUCAUGUGGAAGGCAGGGUCAGCUUGGCGUGCUUGUGGGGAAUGUAAGGGAAAGGCAAAGGGAACUUUGGAGACUUUCGGAGCACCGGGCUGUUUCUAACUUUGCCCACCGCAAUCGAAUUCAAUCACUGCUCAGAGGUAGAUUCUUGCGAAAUGAAAGGCCUGUCGAGGAGGAAAGAUUACCUUCAAUGGCAGCAGCUGAACUGAUUCAGCUAAGGCAACGACGCACUGUCUCUGGCUUGAGGGAAGGAUUCCGCUCGAGAUUAGAAAACAUUGUUCGUGGUCAAGUGAGCUGCAACUCCGAACCUUCAUCUGACAGUACCAACACCAAUGCCCAAAAUCUCCAGAUAGAUCACUUGGUGUGGAGUCAAAGUGGAAAUCUUGACCAACUGCAGCUUAGAGAAGAUGAUGGUAACUCUCAUCAGUUGUAUGGUGAACACACAGAAAACAUUGAUGUUAGUAUCAAUUUAAGUCAAAGUCAACAAACAGCUCUUAAUCAGGAUAGUGAAUCUGAAUCCGAUGGAGGAAACCAGGACAGUUCAACUUCUGAUGAAUUUACUGGGUGGACUGAUGAGACUGUUGAAAGCACAAGUAUGGACUGGCAUGUUAAUUCAGUAACGGCUCUUCCCCAUGAGACAGAAGGAGAUGCCAAUGGAGAUGAACAGCAGUUGCAUGAAGCUCAAGAGGGUUGGCAUGAUGAUGGCUUGCCAGAAAGGGCAGAAACUGUAGAAAAUUGGUCAGAUGAACUUCCUGAUGUUCCUAGGCUGCAGCACUCUGUCUCACUUAGGAGCUUUAAUAGAUCCCAUCCCCUUGGGGACGAGAAUGUAUACAGCUUAGAACUCAGAGAACUCCUAGGCAGGAGGAGUGUUUCUAACCUCUUGCGGAGUGGCUUCCGCGAUAGUUUAGAUCAAUUAGUUCAGUCGUAUGUAGAAAGGCAGAGUCGAGCACCUAUUGAUUGGGAUGUGCACAGAAAUUUGCCCAUCACCCCCACCUUACCAGAAAUGGAUCAAGAACAACAGCAUAAUGAAGAUGAACAUGAUGAUGAUAUUGGCAGGCUUUCUCCUGUACUGCCAUCUCCUCCUGUUCCUCCAUCACAACCUCUUCGCCAUCAGGGUUUACAUCGUUCUGGUUGGGCGCGCCACACUGUUCAUCGUUCUGAAUUUGAAUGGGGGACAUUAAAUGAGAUGAAAGCAGACAUGACUAAAUUGCAGCAAGGUAUGAACACAAUGCAGAGAAUGCUGGAAGCCUGUGUGGAUAUGCAUUUAGAGUUGCAGCGCUCGAUCCGACAAGAGGUUUCUGCUGCUCUGAACCGUUCAGCUGAAGGGGCUACUACAGAGAACUUCUCAAUGGACGGUUCAAAAUGGAGCUAUGCGAGGAAGGGUACUUGUUGUGUCUGUUGUGAUUGCCACAUUGAUUCCCUGUUGUACCGAUGCGGGCACAUGUGCACUUGUUCAAAAUGCGCGAGUGAGUUGGUCCGAACCGGAGGGAGGUGUCCAUUGUGCCGAGCACCUAUUGUUGAGGUCAUCCGUGCUUAUUCUGUUAUGUAGUCGAGGUUAAUAAUCCAUCUCUCCCAUAAUUUCCUUCAUGUUUCACUUUUUUAGAUUGUCCCAAAACUCUACUGUUUCCUUUUAAUAGAAAAAAUGUGUGUUGACAUGUGUCUUCUCAUUGUUCCAAAUAAACAUCAACCACCCAAGUAUGUUUUUUGAACUAGGGUGGUGGCUACUCAAAGUGGGAAGAAAAUUAUGGGGUGGAU